GUUGAGGACAGCCAUCCUCCUGCUGUACUUUCGUCGUUUACCAAUAGAUACGUUCAGUUUACGCGCCUAGUCGUGUUUUUAGACUGGACGUAGCAAUAUAUCUACGUAGUAUUCAUUUUUACGUCUUAAGGACACCGUUUUGAGCGUAGAAGUAACUACGUAGAAACCGUUUCAGUGCCGAAUCGCACGGCUCCGCAGUCGCCAUUUUGAAUGUGGCACAGUAGCGAGGCUCAUCGAAGAGCAAAAUGCCUCAUACGUGUUGCGCCGUGGGUUGUUCCAACCGCUUUACACCCGAAACCAGAGGUCGAGGGAUUACCUUUCACAGGUUUCCCAAAGAUCCAGUGAUGAGAAAAAAAUGGGAAAGAGCCGUUCGUAGGAAAGGGUUCACUGCCAGUUCGUCGACCAUGCUAUGCAGUAAGCACUUCAGACCGGAGCACUUUGACAGAACAGGGCAGACUGUCAGGCUACGAGAAGGAACUGUUCCUCUCUCCGUUUUCAAAUCCAACGAAGAAAAGUUUUCACUUACUCCUUCGGAUGCCAGGACGUCUCGGACUUCAAUGAAGGCACGGGAAAGCCCACCUCCGGAGACUAUUCAGCCUCCAAUUCCACCCCAAGUAUUGCCUGAGCCAGCACCCUUACCUGAGCCCACAAUUGACCAUGCAUACGCGUCAACACCUGAGGAGCUACGGGUCAAACUCAGUGAAGCUUUGGCGAGGCUGGAAACUCUGGAAAGGGAGAAGAGAAAUGCAAAGGACAGAGAGCGAAGGAUUCGGAACACUGUCAGUUGUCUUCUGGAAGAUCUCGAGCUAAAGAAAACCAUGAAUGAGGAACUGAAAGAGCGCCUCGAUGUAUAUUCAGACCUUCCAGUUCACCUCCUCUCCAAACACAGCCAUGAAUAUACCAAAGAACAGAGGGAUUUUGCCAUGACUCUCCAUGAUCAUGGUCCCAAGGCCUACAACUAUCUGAGAGAGUGUCUCCAUAUUAAUCUUCCACAUCCACAUACGUUGCAAAGGUGGAUUCAUUCUGGGGAGUCGAAGCCUGACAUUAUGAUGCUGGACACGCCAAGUCAAGACGAUGAUGCAGCUAAUUGUUUCGCUCAAGAAACAGUCGUACAGGAGAAUAUGAAGCUCUCUCAAGUCAACUCGCUUCCCUACGAGGACUUUGUGAACAUUUUCGGCAACGUGGUCGAGAAGUGCCCUUUCGUGGCGGCUGCCGUGUGGUCCCAACUUCCCUUUGCCGAUGUCGACGCUUUCGAGAGGGCCAUUUGUGACUUCAUUGAUUCUAUGCCUGAUUUGGGUAAAGAAGGAAUCCUCAGGUGCCAUCCGGAUCUGGCGGGACGGGACCUCGAGACGGGCGCUUUGACUCAAGAAUCCAGGAGCGAACAGGCGACGGUGGCGCUGGACGCACUGAGCUCAGACGAGUCCUGCACAAUGUUCUGCUUAAAUGAAGAGUACAAGGAGCGCUUCAGCUUUCCCUUCGUCAUCUGCGCCCGCAUGAACGACAAGGCCAGCAUUUUUCAGGAGAUGCGCACUCGCAUGACAAACGGCUGCGUGACGGAGAGGGAACGCGGGAUUGAGGAGGUCAAAAAAAUAUCCUGUCUGCGUCUUCGGGACCUUGUUCAGUCUGACACCGAAUCACAGUUUUGACCUGCAAGUUGCUAAUAAAGUCA